AUGGAUGAAGAUCAGGGCCCAAGCCAAAUCGUCCCUGGGACAGCUCCCAAGCGGACAAUGGGAGACCGCCUUCGCAGCACCAAGAACAGAUUCUUCACCAAGGACGGCCUGAUCGGCGACUACGACUAUGCUUUCCUCUUCACCCCGAACUUGCCGUUUAUGAGGAAGAGUCGCAAAGCCGCUCCCUUCUUUGGCUUGAACGACCGGAUGCCUACGCUCUUGGCCCUGUUGCUAGGAUUCCAGCACGCCCUUGCCAUGUUGGCUGGCAUCAUCACGCCGCCUAUCCUGCUGAGCGGCGCUGCAGGUGCUAAUCUCACUGGGGAGAUGCAACAAUAUCUUGUCUCCACAGCUUUGAUUGUCUCCGGCUUGUUGUCCAUGAUCCAAAUCACCAGAUUCCACAUUCUGAAGACUCCCUAUUACAUUGGAACUGGCUUGAUCUCUGUAGUCGGUAUCUCCUUUGCCAUUAUCCCGGUCGCUCAGGGAGCCCUCUCCCAAAUGUAUGCCAAUGGAUUCUGUCCGAUGGAUGGGGAGGGAAACAAGCUCCCGUGCCCUGACGGAUACGGCGCCAUCAUCGGCUCUAGUGCCCUUUGCGCUCUGAUUGAAAUUGCCAUCUCCUUUAUGCCCCCAAAGGUGAUGCUUCGCAUCUUCCCGCCCAUCGUGACUGGCCCGACAGUCAUGCUCAUCGGCAUCCACUUGAUCGAGACUGGUUUCCAGAACUGGAUGGGCGGCUCCGGCCCUUGUGCCAACCCGACUUCCGACUUCUUCGCCCGGUGCCCCAACAUUUCCGCGCCUCAUGCCCUCCCUUGGGGCUCCGCCGAGUACUUGGGCUUGGGUUUCUCCGUCUUCGUGACCAUCAUUCUCUGCGAGCGAUUUGGCGCGCCCAUCAUGAAGUCAACAUCCGUUGUUAUUGGUCUCCUUGUUGGAUGCAUCAUCGCCGCUGCGACUGGCUACUUUGACCGCUCCGGAAUCGACAGUGCCCCUGCCGCCUCUUUCAUCUGGGUGCACACCUUUAAACUCACCCUUUACGGGCCGCUCAUCUUGCCUUUGUUAGCCGUCUAUAUCAUCUGCGCCACCGAGGCCAUUGGUGACAUUACUGCUACUUGUGAUGUCUCUCGCCUUGAGGUUGAGGGCCGUCUUUUCGAGUCCCGUAUCCAGGGAGGCGUCCUCGCUGAUGGUAUCAACGGCGUUCUUGCGGCCCUAAUGACCAUCACACCUAUGACAACUUUUGCUCAAAACAACGGAGUCAUCGCUCUCACCCGCUGUGCUAACCGCAGCGCCGGCUACUGCUGUUGCUUCUUCCUCAUCAUUAUGGGCAUCUUUGCCAAAUUCGCCGCGUCGCUUGUCGCCAUCCCCUCCUCCGUGCUUGGAGGUAUGACCUCGUUCCUCUUCACGGCUGUCGCCGUCUCCGGUAUGGCCAUCAUCACAAAGGGUGUGCCUUUCAACCGACGAAACCGCUUCAUCCUGACCGCUGGUCUCACACUCGGCUAUGGCGCUACUCUCGUUCCUACGUAUUUUGACAACGUCUUUACGUAUGCUGGUGACAACCGCGGCCUAAGGGGGUUCCUCGACGCCAUCGUACUCAUCAUGGAGACGGGAUUCGCUAUCACAGCCUUCGUCUGCAUGUUCCUCAACUUUGUGCUCGACGAGGAGAUUGAGGACACAGAGGGCCAUGAUGUCAUCCCCACCACUGGUAUCGUUACUCCAAAGGACGUUAAUGGUGGGGAGAGUGCGCGGGGAGCUGAUUCAGAGGACAUUCAGCCCGUUGGGCAUAACACCACUGGCAAGCGUGAUGAAAAGCUGUCUUGA